AUGGGCUCAUUCUACAAAUUCCUUGCCAUCGCGGCUCUGCUAUCAUCUUCCGCCUUGGCUCAAUCCCAAGACCCGGGUCCAUCUCCCACUGCUUCAAUUGGCUGUGAACCACAUGGAGACCAUUGGCAUUGUGAUGGACCGGCCUCGACUUCCGCCACUGACUCUGUGGUUUUAUCAACCGCAAGUGAUGUUGAAGUGACCACUACCUCAGCCGCCGACGCUACUACAUCAGCCAGUGUUACCCCCACGAUGCCCAGUCCUACCGAGUCUGUGGGCUGCGAGCCACAUAAUGACCAUUGGCACUGUGACGGCCCCCGCGAGACUUCCAGUUCCAGUUCAAGCACCUCUGCAAGUGCUUCUGCUAGCGCUUCUGCUGGUGCAGAAGAUGAGGAAAAUGGUGUCAGUGCAAGGGGUGUGGAGAUGUUGUUGCUUGUUGGGCUUUCUGUUGUAGCUGCCGGGUUAAAUGCUUGA